CACGCUGCUCUUCACACUCUGCACUGCGCCAGGACAGACACCAUCAUGGCUCUUAAUGUUCCAGGACUUGUAGCCACCAUCAUAUUCUACCUUCUGGUGCUUGGAAUUGGUAUAUGGGCUUCCAUGAAAUCCAAACGGGACAGGAACAGGACACAGGCCAACCAUGCAGACAUGGCGUUGCUGGGAGACAGAAAGAUAAGCUUGGUAGUCGGCAUCUUUACCACAACUGCUACCUGGGUUGGCGGGACUUUCAUCAUCGGCACAGCUGAGACAGUGUAUGAUCCAAAGUUGGGACUGAUUUGGGCUGUGAUGCCACUGGCAGCAACGUUGGCCUUUAUUCUUGGUGGUCUUUUCUUUGCUGAGCCAAUGAGAGACAGAAAGUACGUGACCAUGAUGGACCCUUUCCAGAUCAAGUAUGGACACGGACUGACUGGACUUCUGUCCGUGGCACCGCUGUUGUCAGAAAUCAUUUGGGUGACAUCAACGCUGAUAAGCUUGGGUGUAACCAUGAGUGUGAUCCUUGAUUUGUCCUACGCUGUGUGCAUCUGGAUUUCUGCUGCUGUGGCCAUCACCUACACCCUGCUGGGGGGUCUCUACUCUGUGGCCUACACAGACAUCAUACAGCUCUCUCUGAUAUUCAUCACCUCGUGGCUGUGUGUACCUUUCCUCCUAAUGAGCCCCACCUCUGUUGACAUCACCACCACAUCUUUAAACCACACCUUUCAGGCUCCUUGGGUUGGCACUGUGACUGCAGACAGAGCCUGGAGGUGGAUCGAUAUCUUUUUACUCCUGAGUGUAGGAGACCUUGGUUUCCAGGAUUUCCACCAAAGGACGUUAUCAGCCUCUUCCUCAAGAACAGCCAAGCUGCGAUGUUACGCUGCUGCAUUCCUCAUCCCCACGUUUGGAAUUCCUCCUGUGCUCAUUGGUGCAGUGGCUGCAUCGACAGACUGGAACCUGACCUCGUAUGGUUCUCCAUCUCCGUUUGAGCGAGGUCAGACGGGUCUGAUUCUACCCCUCUCCCUGCAACACCUAACACCCCCCUACAUCGCCGUCGUCGGCAUCGGAGCCGUGGCUGCCGCCGUGAUGUCAUCAACCGACUCUGCCCUGCUGUCUGCAGCCUCCAUCUUCUCCUCAAAUAUCUACAAGAAGAUCUUGAGGACCAAGGCUUCAGAGAAUGAGAUUGGGUGGGUGAUUCGCAUUGCUGUGGUUUUAUUUGGCCUUGCUGGUACGUCGCUCACCUUUCUGCACACUGGUGUUAUGGCUUUCUGGGUCCUGGGUGGAGAAAUCGCCUACAUUAUUAUGUUCCCACAGCUGGUCUGCGUGCUCUUUUUCAACAUCUCCAAUGGUUACGGUGCCACCAUGGGAUUUUUUCUGGGUUUCUUUGUAAGACUUUUGUGUGGAGAGCCCUUGAUAGGGCUACCACCUGUCAUCCAUUUCCCAGGAUGCAUCCUCGAAGACGGGGUUUACAUUCAGUAUGCCCCUGUCAGGACCAUCUGUAUGCUGGUUUCUUUUGCAACAAUUCUGUUGGUCUCCUAUCUGGCUUCUCUGCUCUUCAACAGAGGACUCAUGCCUGAGAAGUGGGACGUGUUUUUAGUUAAAGUCCAGCACCCGUCACCAAGACCAUUAGAAACACAGUCAUUACAGAUGAACGGUACCAACAGCAAUGGAACUCACAACUCACAACCUCUGAGUGAGAAUGGGGGUGUCUUAGAUCCAAUGUUGAAAUCAACUUGUUGAAAUGAAUCGAUCAUGAUCAAACAAAAUGUAACUACCGGUACCUCUCCUAACAACAUACACCUCAUGAUGGAAAGAAAAAGGUUGAUACAACAAUGGACUUGUUUUUCAAACAGUUGGAGGAGCUAGAUAAUGAACUCCAUUGUGUCACAUGGAGAAUGAUGAACAUAAAAGAAGAUUGAUACCAAAAUUGUAAACAUAAAUCUGUAUUAAACAAGUUUCAGCAUCUCAUAGGAUAGACGAGUUCUAAAGGAUGUUUUAUGCAUAUUGUAUGCAUAUUUUUGCUUAUUUAAAUGACCAAAAAACCCAAUUUGCAUAGCGGUGUAUAGGCCAUAUGAGCAAUACUUCAAUCAGGAGAGACAAGUUAUUUAAGAAAAUAUUUUUUUACAAUGGAUAACAUGGAAAUGUUGAUAGAAAUACUUUGGCGCUUGGACAGAAUAAAUCCCCCCCAUGGAGUCCAGGUACUGGUGGUGGUAAAGCCGAUGACCUGUUGAGACCUGAUGGGUGAGAAUUGAUGGAUGAUGAUUCUGCGAACAUGGGCGGCGAUGGGGAGGUGGAGGGGCGUACAUAACAUCGGCAUUAAGGAACUAAGGCAGAAAAAGAAUCAUAUUUAAAAUGGGAGCAGAAUGAUGAUAGGCUGAAAUGGGGCCAUGCAAUUGGUUAGAUGAGUACCGCUGACGAGACAAUGACAGCUUGAGAAUGACAGCGGACAAGUGAGUGAGCAUGCAAAAGAGCAAUUAUAUAGUCUUCCUGACUGAACUUACGCAAGAGCUUCAUUUUCGAUAGUAACAUCACAAAGGACGUUAUCAAACUAUCCGACAAAUUUGGCCAAAAAGAAAACCCCUCUGUGAGGACCCAAAAGUACACUGUGAGGACACACUGGGAUCAACCGGUGAUUCCUGUCCAGACUUGUACAAAAUGUACCAAUGAUCAUGUCAGCCUAAUUCUAAUUCUAAUUCUAGCUUCUCUUCACUGGCUUCCAAUACUCUUCAGGCUUGAUUUUGAGGUUGCAAUAUUUGUUUGGCACCCUCUUGCAUAACUUACCUCCUCAGCCCUUAGAUCUUCAGACAUGGGCCUUCCGGCUGUCACUUGUUCUAAUCAGAAGCUUAGAGGCUAACUACCUUUUACAACAAAGGCCCCCAAGCUGUGGAACGGCCUUCCUGCCUCAAUCAUGUUCUGUGGAACAGUUUAUGUCCCGAAACCAAAUGAACUUUUACAUAAUGAAUUUCAGUUCAAAUGAGGUUGCUUGUAUUUUGUAUCACAUUUAGUAUUAUUAAUUAACCUCUCUUAUUUAAUUGUCUUUAUUGUUAAUUUCAUUUUUGUGCAUUUGUCUUUGGGCACACAUGUAUGUGCGAGUUUAUCUGUGUGGUUGUUUUUCUCCUUUUCUGUAACUACACUAUACUGUUCUUAGUUCCAUUUACAGUCCUUUGUAACCUGGUGCUCUUUUUAAAUGUGCUUUAUAAAUCAUUUUGAUUGAUUGAUAAGUUAACACUAGGGAGCUUGCACUGUUUUACAUGAUCUUCAACACUUACAGAAUUUAGGAUGUACAUUUUUUUCAACAUAAAUUCAUUCAACCUUUAUUUAUACUCGAAAGAUCAUUGAGGGGCAACCCUCAUUU